AUGCACGGCAAACCUACCGGGCGAGCAACAAAUGGAAAAACUGUGGCUGAUUUCCGCGGCAACAAGAGCUUUGCUUUUUUCCUUCUUACUGAAAUAACCCUGCGCUUCAAGACAAUGUAUGGCCUAGGAGCAAGAAAAUUUAUCGUGAACAACAUUCCCCCAGCAGGUUGCUUUCCAUCAAAAGCUAUCCACACAAGACCAGUAGGAAAAUGUGAUGAGAAAAUAAACAAAGGGAUCACCUUUUACAAUAAGAAGUUGCGUGAAGUACUCCAUGAGCUCCAAUCAAAGCUUCCUGGCUUCACCUUUAUACAUGCAGAUCUCUAUGGGUUCCUUAAGAAAAUGCGGAAAAUUGGAAGUUAUUAUGGGAUAUUGGAAACAUGGAAACCUUGUUGCCCCAAUACCAUUUAUGGUGAUCUCGAAUGCCAACCCAGCACUGUUCCCUGUCCUAACAGAAACACUCAUCUUUUCUUUGAUCAAUACCACCCUUCCGAAAUCGCAAACAAAGAAUAUGCAUGGCUAUGCUUCAAUGAGAAGAUUAUUUGCAAGCAGUGGGGUCUCAAACUGUUCUAG